AUGAUUCAAAUGCGCGAUUUCAUUAAAAAGAAUGAUAAAGAGAACUUUAAAUAUUGUUGUUCUGAAAUGAGUCAAAUUUUGGAAACACAUACUGAAAAAUUAAAGAGCUUGAGAUAAACUUUUUAUAAUUGUAUUUAAUAAUAAUGUAAAAAGCUAUAAGAUUCUUAACUUCAAAAUGAUAUCAUUCUAAUAAAUGAACUUAUUUCAGUAAUAAAAAGCCGUAAGUAAAAAAAUGUUUUUUCCGGUACCGUCAUGUGCUUAAUUCAGUACAAAGAACAAUUCACUUAAAUUGAUGAAGUUAUUUAAAAUGAAUUAAAAAUAAUGAGUAUAACUUAAAUGAGAAAGUUUUCAACUAACAUGAAAAUGUAUGACAAUGUUAUUGAGAAAAGAAAUCAUUUAUAUAACUAUUAUAACUCUUUUGAUGAUUUGGACUCUCCAGUUAAAAUCAAAGAAGAAGUUUUUACUUUUUGA